CAAUAAGAUGGCGGGCGGGCGGGGGGCGGGGCCAGGCGCCGCGCUGGGCUCCGCCCGCUCCCUCAAGCGCGGAGCUGUGGCUGAGGCGGGAGCUGGGCUUCCUGCGCUGGGAAGGCUGCGGCGGCGGCGGCACCGGCGGCGGGGUGGUGCUGCCCUAACUGUUACUGUAUGGACUCUUGCUCAGUAGCAUGGGAGAAGAGGAAGGACUACAUCAAGCACAACUACUGAGGUUAAGCAUGCCCGUAGAAACUCGGGAGGAGCGAGGAGAAACUGCCUCUCUGCUAGGUGAAAUACAGCCGUUGAGAUGUUCGCUUCUGUGCGAAGCAGUGGCUCCUGACUUCCAUCAAGUUUGGAACUUAAUGGGAACCAGGAUCUGGGAGCCUCUGCCUCUCUCAGAUGCCACUCUCCGAAGCCAUGACUCGUGGACCUGCUCACCCCUGGUUCCCGAAUAUCGUCUUUGGGAUCCAGUCCAUAUGUUCCUGGCCCCUGUUGUACCACACUGGCCAUUCUAUAACCUGGACACAAUGUUUGUGCGAGGAUUAAAGAGAAAAUGUUUUGAUGGCGAAGAAGAUAUUGAAGGAACUCUGGCUGGUAUUAAGGCUAUUCCUUCAUAUAAUCUUCAGCGACAGUCACUUUUAGAUAUGUCCUUGGUUAAACUUCAGCUGUGUCACAUGCUGGUUGAACCUAACCUUUGUCGUUCGGUACUUAUAGCCAACACGGUACGCCAGAUCCAAGAAGAAAUGACCCAAGAUGGGACGUGGCAGAUGAUAAAUACACAGAGUACAGGCCAGGCAUCUGUGGAUCGUCUUGUUUCAACAGAUAUCCUCUGUCGCUCAUCUAGGGAACAAGCUGAGGGAAAGCAUGUUCCAGGUUACAGUACUUUCAGUAAAGACUUUGAGGGCGACCAGGCACAAGAUAGUUCAGAAACUAUGUCAACAGCCUCUUCAGUGCAAGCUCCGAGAAAUCUGCAAAGUAAUGUGUGGGAAAUGGAGAAUCCACAGGAAAACAAAGGAAACUUUCAAAAAUCAUUAGAUCAAAUAUUUGAGACACUGGAGAACAAAACUCCUAAUUCGGUGGAAGACCUCUUUUCGGAAGUUGACAACUCUUAUUAUGAUCUUGAUACUAUGUUAACAGGCAUGAUGAGCAACACGAAAAUGGGACACUGUGAUGGGCUAGAAUCAUUUUCUUCUCCAACAACCACAAGUUCUAGCUCUAAUUGUAAAUCUGAUCUUAACGAGCUUGAUCAUAUUGUGGAAAUCCUCGUUGAAUCCUGAAACUCCUUGUGUAGGAGAGAAAAACCUGUUAAUGGAAAAAAGACUCAAGAAAGCUAUUUCCACAGUUUGUUCUAUCAAAUCUGCACGUGUAUUUUACAAAUAUCUAUAUAUUAUAUAGAUAUAUAUAUUAAAAAAGCACUUCAUAUUGCAAAAUAGUGUUAACUCUUAAAGUUAACCUGCAACUUGUAGUGUAAUAAUCCAAUUUCUUGUCCACUGAACUGUAAGUGCUUACGGUAAAUGGUUAAGUAUGGGGUCCAAGGCUUUCAAAAUUGGGUUCCAUUUACCAGUUUGCUUUAGCCUUUGAUGGAGGACAUGCUCAUUGACAGGAAACAUGAGAGAAUCACUCUUUCUUACCCUUCUCCCAAUGAAAAUGGUAAUAAAUGGAGAGAGAAGUUGGUCAGCUGUUUUCCUGUUCUCCUCCAGUUUCUACUUUGUUAUAGGACAUAAUUCCUACUAUAUCUGCUGCUUCUGAUCUAAGUUGCUACAUGGCUCUUAAAGAGCAGUAUGCAAUGGUUCUUGUUACUCUAGCUAGCUUAUUCUGGUUUUUGCUACAAUUUUUACUUUAAAAAUAGUUUUAAAGUGUUUAUUGGUGUUUAGAUUUUCCAGGUAUUUUCCUAAAAUAUAUUUUUACUACAGAUGUUAUGUCAGCUGCUAACUUAGCAACUUUUGAUCAUAACUGCAGUUGAUGUAUUUUUUGAAAGGUUUUCAAAAAGGGAUGCUUUUUUACUGUGAGCUACCCAAUGUAGUUCAGUAAAGUGUAUGUAAAUGUAAAUAUACGAUUUUAUACUUUACAUUAAAAUGUAAGAGCUGUUUUCAUGAAUCUGUUUUAUAGAGUAGUACUUCACUAAAUUGAGAAUUGUACAAUUAUGCUUUUUAUACCCCAUAUAUUUGAGUAUCAUUAGAGGAAGAUCCAACUAGAUACAAUUAAAUUUAAUUCAUUUCAGACCGUAUUUUUUGUUAACUGCAAACCUAAAUUACCUAGGUUUUUAUUUAUGUGUAUUUAUAUGUAAAUGUCAUCAAGUGAAUUGUUUAUCACUGAAGUCUACCAUCAAAUAUUUGUUUAUAUGGAAUAACUAUCUUGCACUAAUUACUACAAAAAGUGUUACUAGCGGCCUUUAAAUCUCAACUGGUAUGUCUUGAUGUCUUGUCAUAAUGAGUAUGCUCCACUCUUACCAAGGGUUUCCUCUUGCUUUUUUUUUUUUUUUUAAUAACAAAAGAUAAUACAACAUGGGAUGGUGUUCUUUU